CCUUAUUCAUUCAUUCUUAUCCUUUCCAUCUUGAUCCAUGGGAAAACAACAAAACAACAAAGUUUAAGCUUCAAUAAUCACGACCCAGACUCAAUAAAUAGAGAGAAAAGAAAUCCAAAUUUUGGUGGGUGUUAAAAAUCCAAUGCGGUGGGGGUCUUUGUCAGAAGAACCAACAACAAAGGGGAGAAUUUUUGAGGAAACCCAGAUCAAAAAAUCAAAGAUUGGACCUGAUGGUGGUAGUGGUUGGACUGGGUGUGGAGAGGAGCAAAGUGAGAGAUUGUGAAGCAGCGGCAGCUGGUUUUUAUAUUGAAAAGCGAGGGAAUGCGUUUUUGGAUAGAGUAGAGAAGAUUUGUUUAUAUGUGGUGGGGCCGCAUAGAGAAGGAUGCAGCUUCACAUCUCGCCUAGCAUGAGAAGUAUAAAGAUAUCAAGCAACAAUGGGUUUACAAACUUAAUGAAGAUCAAAGUGGCAGCUAGGCAUAUUUCCUACCGGACCCUGUUCCACACCAUUCUCAUUCUCGCUUUCUUGUUGCCUUUUGUCUUCAUUCUUACUGCUCUUGUUACCCUUGAAGGUGCCAACAAGUGCUCCUCACUUGAUUGCUUAGGCAGACACCUAGGACCGAGGUUUCUUGGGAGAGUUGAUGAUUCAGGAAAACUAGUUAAGGACUUUUAUAAGAUCCUCAAUCAAGUAAUCACUGAGGAAAUCCCUGAUGGUCUAAAGCUUCCAGAUUCGUUUAGUCAACUAGUUUCUGAACUGAAGAACAACCAAUAUGACGCAAAGAAUUUUGCAUUCUCGUUAAGAGCAAUGAUGGAGAAACUUGAAAGAGAAAUUAAGGAAUCUAAAUUUUCAGAGCUGACAAAUAGGCACUUUGCUGCAAGUUCUAUACCAAAAGGCCUAUAUUGUCUUUCUUUGCGUUUAACUGAUGAAUACUCUACCAAUGCCUAUGCACGCAAACAACUACCUCCACCUGAGCUCCUCCAUGUGCUCUCUAAUAACUCUUACUGCCACUUUGUCUUGUCAACGGACAACAUAUUGGCUGCAUCUGUAGUUGUUACUUCUGUUGUCCAGUCAUCACUAGAACCUGAAAAGGUCGUCUUUCAUGUCAUCACUGACAAGAAAACUUAUGCGGGUAUGCAUGCUUGGUUUGCACUAAAUCCAGUAGCACCUAUCAUAGUUGAAGUGAAAGGUCUUCACCAGUUUGAUUGGUUAACUAGAGAGAAUGUUCCAGUGCUUGAAGCAGUAGAGAGCCAUGAUGGUAUCAGAAAUUACUAUCAUGGAAAUCAUAUUGCAGGGGCAAAUCUCUCUGAUACUUCUCCUCGAAAAUUCGCUUCAAAAUUGCAGGCGAGAAGCCCAAAGUACAUAUCCUUGCUCAACCAUCUCAGGAUAUAUUUACCCGAGCUCUUUCCAGACAUCGACAAAAUAGUUUUUUUGGAUGACGAUGUUGUGAUCCAACGUGAUUUGUCUCCACUUUGGAAGAUUGAUCUACAAGGAAAGGUUAAUGGAGCUAUAGAAACUUGUAAAGGUGAAGAUGAGUGGGUCAUGUCAAAACAUUUCAAAACCUACUUUAACUUUUCUCAUCCCCUUAUAGCCAAGUAUUUGGAUCCUGAUGAAUGUGCAUGGGCUUAUGGAAUGAAUAUACUUGAUCUCCGUGCAUGGAGAAAAACAAAUAUAAGAGAAACAUAUCAUUUCUGGCUGAGAGAGAACCUGAAGUCAAACUUGACCAUGUGGAAGCUUGGAACUCUACCACCUGCUCUGAUUGCUUUUAGAGGCUAUGUUCAUCCUAUCGACUCAUCAUGGCAUAUGCUAGGCUUGGGCUAUCAGAGUAAGACCAAGAUCGAGAACGUGAAGAGAGCUGCAGUUAUUCAUUACAACGGCCAGGCAAAACCAUGGUUGGAGAUUGGCUUCGAACACCUUCGGCCAUUUUGGACCAAGUAUGUGAACUACUCCAAUGACUUUGUUAGGAGCUGUCACAUUUUGCAAUGGUAGUUAAGCAACUAGAGGGUUUAGAAGGAACGGAAUACGUAGAAGAGACACAAGCAAGCCAAGAAAGCAACAAUUUUGACAACAGGAUUGAUUGGUUCUAUUAACAUUUUUUUAGGAAGGACCUGCUGGGAUUCUGUUAGUUUGUAACAUAGCAAGCAAUGUUUUUCUGGGUUCUCAUACUGCUUUUCCUACGUACUUCUUUGGAAUAAGCUGAGGUGCAAAUACAC